UCACUCCCUGUCUGAUUCCUGACAGUCCCCUCAGAUUAGACUAAUAUACAGACAGAGAGAAGUCUGAUUCUUGGAACCUGAGUUUUGGACUGUCUCAGGUAGGAAUGGACGAAACCAGGAUGAACUGUUUCGAUGCGACAUUUCCUGCCUUUGCUUCGAGUACGUCCAGUGAAGAUUCUAGCUCCAGAUUCAAACUCAGCAAUGAUGCACACAGACCGAGUCUCUACGGCGAAAAGGAAAAACUCGGCUCACAUGGCAAACUACACAAGGACAGGAGCGAUGAGGUAUUAACCCUGGAGUGUCAGAUAUGUGGAGAUCGAGCUUCGGGGUAUCAUUAUGGCGUGUACGCAUGUGAAGGAUGUAAGGGUUUCUUCCGGAGAACUGUGCAAUUAAACCUGAGGUAUAAACUCUGCAGCCAGAAGUGUCAAGUCCACAAAAAAAGCCGGAACAAGUGUCAGUUCUGCCGGUUUAAGAAGUGUGUUUUGGCAGGAAUGUCUCACACCGCAAUCCGGUUCGGGAGAACACCUCUGACCGAGAGAGAGAAGAUGAUCACGGAGUUCCACACGCUCAAACAUCAGCUGGAACCCAAGUCAGAAAAACAACAAGAGUUCAGCAAGAAUUUAUAUGAUUCCUACCUCAAAAUCUUCCCAAUGACGAGGAGCAAAGCCAAAGCAAUUUUGUCAGGAAAAGAUGGAGAAAACCCGCUGUUCGUCAUCCACGAUAUGAAGUCUCUGUUGGCUGGAGAGGAGUUCCUGAAGCGAAAGCUGUCGUCCGUGUCGACUCUGUUCCCUGCCGUUGAGCUGGAGCUGUCCAUGUUCCGCCGAGUACAGUACGGCUCGGCCGAGGCCGUACGCAGACUCACACAGUUCGCUAAGAGCAUCCCAGGCUUCGGUGACCUGGAGCUGAGCGAUCAGAUCACCAUGCUGAAGUACAGCGCCCUCGAGGUGAACAUCAUCCACCUGAGCCACCUCACCAACAAGGACGGUGUGCUGAUGGCCGAGGGAUGUGUCUUCAUGACCCGAGAGUUCAUCAAGAGUCUUCGCAAACCCUUCUGUGACAUGAUAGAGACCAAGUUUGACUUCCUGGUUAAAUUUAGAGCGCUCGAACUGGAAGACUGUGACCUGGCACUCUUCAUCGCUGCAGUGAUCCUGUGUGGUGAUCGGCCGGGUUUGGUGAACCCCAAAGCCAUCGAAGCGCUCCAGGACGAGGUUCUUCAGGCUCUAGAGCUCCAGCUGAAGGUUCUCCAUCCUGAGUCUCCUCGCCUCUUUGCCAAACUGCUGCAGAAGAUGACAGACCUUCAGCCACUGGUGGCAGAACACGUACGCAACAUUCAUCUGCUGAAGAAGAGAGAACUGGACCUGUGUCUUCACCCGCUCUUACUGGAGAUCAUGCAGGACCUCUACUAGAACCCUGAACAUGACCACAGUCCAUCUUUCCUUUUAAUACGUCUCAUUAACAACGUGGAUUUUAAAGCAUGUUAAGAGCAUCAUUACGCAGGAAAUAUAUAUAAAUAUAUAUAAAAAU